GGGCAUGGCGGACCGGCGGCGCGCGUGGAACACGGAGGACGACCUGCCGGUGUACCUGGCUCGGCCGGGCAGCGCGGCUCAGACCCCGCGUCAGAAGUACGGCGGCAUGUUCGCCGCGGUGGAGGGCGCCUACGAGAACAAGACCAUCGACUUCGACGCGUACAGCGUGGGCCGCCGCGGUUCGGCGCGCACGCCCCGCAGCUCCGGCCGGCUCGAUGCGUCCGGCCUGCCGGGACCAGGUGGCAGCGAGGACACGGCGAGCGACAUCAGCGAGCCCUCGGGCUCAGCCGUCAGCUCGCCCGGAGAGCGCGACGAGCGGCCGCCGGCUCUGCGCAUCCGCUGCCCGGCCCCCCGAGACCUGCCGCUCGGCCGGGACAAUGGGCAGAGCGACCGACUGCUCAUCAAAGGUGGCCGAGUUAUCAACGAUGACCAGUCCUUCUACGCUGACGUCUACCUGGAGGACGGACUCAUCAAACAAAUUGGAGAGAAUUUAAUCGUGCCUGGUGGAGUGAAGACCAUUGAAGCCAAUGGACGAAUGGUCAUCCCUGGAGGCAUUGAUGUCAACACCUACCUGCAGAAGCCCUCCCAGGGCAUGACCGCCGCCGAUGACUUCUUCCAGGGGACCCGAGCAGCUCUGGCAGGCGGGACCACCAUGAUCAUUGACCACGUUGUCCCUGAGCCUGGGUCCAGCCUGCUGACCUCCUUUGAGAAGUGGCAUGAAGCAGCUGACACCAAAUCCUGCUGUGACUACUCUCUCCACAUGGACAUCACGAGCUGGUACGACGGUGUCCGGGAGGAGCUGGAGGUACUGGUGCAGGACAAAGGCAUCAAUUCCUUCCAAGUCUACAUGGCCUACAAGGACCUCUACCAAAUGUCUGACAGCCAGCUCUACGAAGCCUUCACCUUCCUGAAGGGGCUGGGAGCUGUGAUCCUGGUCCAUGCGGAAAAUGGAGACUUGAUCGCUCAGGAACAGAAGCGGAUAUUAGAGAUGGGCAUCACAGGCCCAGAGGGUCAUGCUCUGAGCAGACCUGAAGAGCUCGAGGCGGAGGCGGUCUUCCGGGCCAUCACCAUUGCUGGCCGCAUCAACUGCCCAGUGUACAUCACCAAGGUGAUGAGCAAGAGUGCCGCGGACAUCAUCGCACUGGCCAGGAAGAAAGGGCCUCUCGUCUUUGGGGAGCCCAUUGCUGCCAGCUUGGGGGCAGACGGCACCCACUACUGGAGCAAGAACUGGGCCAAGGCAGCCGCCUUUGUGACCGCCCCUCCGCUGAGCCCGGACCCCACCACCCCUGACCACCUCACCUCCCUGCUGGCCUGCGGGGACCUGCAGGUGACGGGCAGUGGUCACUGUCCCUACAGCACCGCCCAGAAGGCAGUGGGCAAGGACAACUUCACGCUGAUCCCUGAGGGAGUCAAUGGGGUCGAGGAGCGCAUGGCGGUCGUCUGGGACAAGGCAGUGGCCACCGGCAAGAUGGACGAGAACCAGUUUGUAGCUGUCACCAGUACCAAUGCCGCCAAGAUCUUCAAUCUGUAUCCCAGAAAAGGGCGGAUUGCUGUGGGCUCAGACGCAGACGUGGUCAUCUGGGACCCUGACCGGGCAAAGACCAUCACAGCCAAGAGCCACAAGUCGGCUGUGGAGUACAACAUCUUUGAAGGCAUGGAGUGCCACGGCUCCCCACUGGUGGUCAUCAGCCAGGGCAAGGUUGUCUUUGAGGAUGGCAGCAUGAACGUCAGCAAGGGCAUGGGCCGCUUCAUCCCCCGGAAGCCUUUCCCCGAGCACCUGUAUCAGCGUGUCAAGAUCAGGAGUAAGGUGUCUGGGUUGCACGGUGUCUCCAGAGGCAUGUACGAUGGCCCAGUGUAUGAGGUGCCGGCCACACCCAAAUAUGCAACCCCUGCUCCGUCAGCCAAGUCCUCGCCCUCCAAGCACCAGCCUCCACCCAUUAGAAACCUCCACCAGUCCAACUUCAGUUUAUCAGGUGCCCAGACUGACGACAACAACCCCCGGCGCACCGGCCACCGCAUCGUGGCACCCCCUGGUGGCCGCUCCAACAUCACCAGCCUUGGCUGA